GUCAAAGAUUCGUUUCGUUGGCUAGAAAUAGAUUCAUUACCGAAGCUGUCGUACAGGAAUGCCUGAUUUACGCGUCGCCAUUUACAAUCAACGAAUGGUCUUGUCUACUUUAUACAGUUUGCAUGGAACGUGAUCAAUGUUGUAGUCAGUGAGCGCGUGGUUUCAUUUCUUUUUUCAAAACUUAAAAUCUUUACGAGAAUUUAUGCACAAUGCAGUAUGGUAUGGGUACCAGGGUAUGGUAUUUGGACUCCGGAAGCUGUCGAUAAUGUCCGAUGAUUGCCGAGAAAAUGGCGCGCUCUCUGCACAUUGCUCAUCGAAAAAGGUGGUAUUUUGAAUUUUCAAAAUGGCUGACGAAGAAUCAAAGAAAACGACAGAGAAGAACGCGAAAGAAGAAGGCGAAAAGGAGAAAAAAAGUGCGUCGAAGGACGCCGAAACCGAUAGUGAACAAACGAGCGAGUCUCAGGAUGACACUGCAACGAAACAUAAAACAGGACAGAAAUCAAAAAAAGAAAAGGAGGAGGAAGAGGAAAGCAGCGACGACGAAGAAUUAGUUGGUAGUCUUGAUGCACCAUUGGUUGUUGAAGGAAAAAGAGCUAGAAAAUCCACAGAAUUUUUAUCCCAUAAUAUUACAUCACCUAUUACCAAUGAGCGUAAAAGGAUUGUUGUUCCUGAGGGAAAAGGAGAUCCGCUCGGUUCUAUGCCUCGGGUGCAGUUUCAACUCAAUAAAAUUGUUUGGGAUGAACUGAAGCCUUUACAUAAACUACUCUAUGGUCGACCUGGCACAGCGAUGGAAGUCAAGAAAAAUAUUCGACUCUUUAAAGGAUUUGACUUGGAAAAGGGCUCAAAAGAAUAUAAGAAGAAAGAGGAACAAGGACGAUUUACACCUACAUCAAUCAAGAGAUUGUGUGAUAUUUUAGAUGUGGAUAAACGGGGAAGCCAGGAAGAAGUAUUUGAAAGACUUAUGGAUUUUCUUUUGUGCCCUAAAGCUUCAGGAAAGGACGUACCAGAGCCAAAAAAGAAGGGUCAAGUUAAGAAAAAAAAGACUACGCAGAAAAAAGAGGCCACAAAGAAAAAAGAGACUUCAUCUUCUUCAAAAGGAAAGACUACAAACUCCAAGUCUAAAAAAGUAAAAUCAACUGAAACUGUAGAAGAGGAAGAAGAAAGUGAAAAGGAAGAUGAUGUGGAGUCGGAGGAAACUGAUAAAAAAUCACCAACAAAAAAAAAGACGCCAUCCAAAAAAUCAGAACCAAAGAAACCACCAAAAAAAGAUAAAAAAGUUGUCUCCAUUAAAAUUUCACCUGGAAAUAAGGCAAAAAAUAAUAAAGGAAAGAGACAACGAAACGAUGAUGAUUCUGAAGACGAACCAUUGAUUAAAAAGAAGAAAAAAACACCACCAACAGAUGAUGAAAUUGUUGAACUGGUAAAAGAACUUCUAGAGGAUGCUGACUUGGAGAAAGUAACAAUGAAAUCUGUGUGUAAACAGGUUUAUGACAGAUUUCCAGAUUUUGAUUUAACAGAUAGGAAGGAAUUUAUCAAAGACUCUGUUAAAGAGAUUAUAACUUGAGUAAAUAUACACUGCUAAAAUAUUCAAAAGCUGAAGAAUCAUUAUUGUGCAAAAUGAGCUUUGUAAUUCUUGCCGCAUGCAAACAACUCGUGAAGAAUAUUUUAUUCAAGUGUACAGAAGAUCGCGAGCGUCCCUGUGCUGUGGAUUAUAAAAGGACAGUAUUGUAAAUCUUUAUGCAUUUUACCACAAAAGUUCAAUAGUUAUCAGGAUGAAUAGUGAGAUUUUAUCUUAUGAACCUUUCUGUAUCUUACCAUGAAACUCUUGUGGUAUUGCAGGGGUUAUCUUGACCUUAUAAGGAGGGGAAGCUGGAAAAGGGUAUUUGUCGAAAAACGCGACCGUAGUCCGUUUUGUAGAUGAAAUUCGUAACUUUAAAAUCCACAAAAUAAUGUUUUUUCACCGACGACACCACAUCUAACAACCAACGCAAUCUUAUUUACGACGAGUACAGCCAAACUUUUAACCUUCGUGUUUUUCCUGUUGCAUCUGCUCAAGCUUAAAAUUAAUAUCACAUGCGAUUUCUUUGUCAGCGGUUUUUGGUAUAUUACUACCAUUUAGAGCGAACGAACUUAUGGUUUGCCUAAUUCUCAAAUUUAAUGUCGUUUUGUUUUUGAAAUUAAAACGUUUUUAACUUUUA